ACUCGCUCAUCAAUCUCACGAUGAAUUUCCCGGACGGACGCUCGCUUGCAACUAAUCAGGACUACUAUUGGCUGGAGUAUCAGUGCUUCUUACCCAACGAUACUACUGUCGUGGAGGCAAAGAUACCCAAUCCAGAAGAUUACGGGGCGGUGCUGCCCAACUACACACAGCCUUUCGAAGAUGCUCCCCUGCCCGAUGGAACAGUGUGCACCGUCAGAGGAUGCUUCUACCAAACGGGCAGUAGUAUUUACCGUUUCAUCGUCCCAAACAACUGCACUGUUGAUACAGAUGAGUGUGCCAAAGAGACACACGACUGUGGGGGAAAUUCUCUCUGUAACAACACAGUCGGUGGCUACGAGUGUGUUUGUGAAGACGGCUACUCUCCUUUGGACGACAGAAACUGC